AUGAGCGUCCAUAGAGAGGAUCAGGAUUUGAUGGGUGCGGCGCCUGCAGAUGCUGAGAACAGCGUCACUAACACUGGACGGACCAGAGUACACCCCGUCGAGCAAGCGAUGACGGGUGAGCAGAUGCAACGACCAAAAGGUAUACUGAAAGCGCCUACCAGCAAAUUUCCGGAGCACCCUAUAGAAGAUGGAGUGUUAUCCAUAAAGCAAAACAAUGCCAAAUCCAUUCCUCCCGGGGCUCGAUGGACCAAGAUCGAUCGACGUUUAGUCGACCCCGAAGCGCUCGAGGAGGCCUCGGAACGCUUUGAGGAGCGCCUCGAUUGUGUCAUUGUGCUUCGUGUGCUUACAAAAGAAGAGAUUCAGCACCUGGCAGACAGGACACUCGAGCUUCGAGACGAGCGGUAUGAGGCCGAACUCGCCUCUCGCGGGACUCCUCGAGGCAGCCGAUCCACCACACACGAUCGAGAUGCCGCACCAGCAGAUGAUGAGAGUCUCCCAAAGCCGGACGAUGGCGAGCCUGAACAGCAGAAGGUGUUCGGGAAAGCUUCGUCAGCCCAAAGUAAGCCAAGUGAUCAGUACCGUCCAACUCCAUUAGACGGGAUCGUGGAACGUCACACAUCGCCAGAAGCUGGUCAGACUCAUCGCGCCACCUUCUUAGCGGACGACCACCCGAACAUCGAGCUCCAAAAUAGCUACGUGUAUACAGAUCCUGCUAGCAUGUAUGCCAACACGGAGCCGAAGUGGUGCAGGACAGAAACCAGAGACAAAUUCGACAGAGCAGCUCGUGGAUCUUCUUUGACCUCUGUCAGUCCGUCAAGGGAACAACCAAGUCAAAGUACCGAGCGUGCUCGGCAGUCCGCACGCGAGCUCAGUACUUCGACGUACGCCAGAGGUUGGGGAUCUGUCGACGGAGCAGGUCCCCCUCGAGCUUCCGCAGGUCAACUCAGUGGUCCCCCUCCUAGUACUCGAGGGUGGGACAGGAUCUUGGAGACUAGCAAGGCGAAAGUUUUAGUCGGUGACUUGCAACACGCUGCUGGGAAGCUCAACGUCCAGUUGAGAAGGGUGAUGGCGAAAUCCCUGAUUACGAUAGCGGUGUGA